UACUACGCCUCGAGAGGAAAGCUCGUAGGCAAAGUGGCCAAGUUCCCGCACAUUGAGGACUACCGAGAAUGCAUUCGUGAUAUGGAUGAGAAGCAGGCCAUUUCCGUGCGCUAUGUCAUCAUGGAAAUCCGCAACCACUACGCCGUCCUUCAUGACCUGAUUGUUAAGAAUAUGGAUCGUAUCAAGGUGCCGCGCUCCAACAACAGCGUCAACAUGUAUUAA